AUUUUUUCUUUAAAAACAGAUCAAUUCGAUCAAUUUAUCAAUAAAAACGCAAAAUUUGUUCUGCAUUCUGCAUAAGGGUGUAAACAAAUAAAAUUAAUAGUGAAUUACAGUUAUUAGAAAAAAAAUGAUAGAUAUUAAUUCAAUAAAUAAGUGUGAAGGAAAGUUGUCCUUCCGAGGAAUCAGGAGCAGCAAAUUCAAACAUGUUUAUGGCUCUGCUGGCAAAAAGGACAAAUGCUUUGACGGCAUAAAAAUAACGAAGAAUGCUCAUGACAGCUCAUUUUGUGCUGUAAAUCCGAAAUUCAUAGCAAUUGCAACAGAAACAGCUGGUGGUGGAUCAUUUUUAGUUAUUCCUCUUGAAAUGACUGGUCGGAUAGAUGCCACUGCUGGAAGAGUAACUGGACAUCAUGGGCCUAUUUUAGAUUUACAGUGGAAUCCUUUCAACGACAAUAUCAUUGCUUCUAGUUCUGAUGAUUGCACUGUGAAAAUUUGGUAUAUUCCUGAUGAUGGCUUGAAAAAGUCUAAUAUGAAUAAACCGAUUAUGGAUUUGACUGGUCAUAAGCGGAGAGUUGGAUACAUUGUGUGGCAUCCAACUGCCGAGAACAUACUGUUCAGUGUUGGCUUUGAUUAUUCCAUUUUAGUCUGGAAUAUUGGUGAAAACACUCUCGUAAACAGCAUAUGCUGUCAUCCGGACACCAUUUAUUCACUCUCUUUCAAUCGAGAAGGAAGUUUAAUUGCUACCACUUGCAAAGAUAAGAAACUUCGUGUCAUUGACGCUCGAAGUGGUGCAGUCAUUAAGGUAAUUUAUCUUUUAUUGGAUGGACGUUUUUUUUCGUCCAAUCUCUCCAAAACGAACCACCAGAAGGGAAUAAAAAAUAUGUUGUUUUUUUUCCAGCACAAUUUGGACACUCCACUGAGAAUUGAGAACAUUGAUUCUUCUUCUGGUGUUCUCUUCCCUUUCUAUGAUCAUGAUACUAAAAUGGUGUAUGUUGCUGGAAAGGGUGACGGAAACAUACGUUACUAUGAAAUAGUUAACGAGCCACCGUGGUGCCAUUAUUUGAGUCAAUUUUUGACUGGCUUCCCUCAGCGGGGCCUAGGAAUUAUGCCCAAAAGAGGUCUGGACGUUUUGCGUUGUGAAGUAUUUCGUUUCUAUAAACUGCAUGCUGUCAAGCCACUCUGUGAAACUAUUUCUAUGAUUGUGCCGAGAAAAUCUGAACAAUUUCAAGAAGAUUUGUUUCCUGACACUGCUGCACCUACCCCAUCACUUACAGCUAGAGAAUGGCUGAAUGGAAAAAACAGAAAUCCUAUUCUGAUAUCUAUGAAGACUGGGGCUGGAGCCAGAACCAAUAAACCAGUGGUUUAUAACCCAGAUCGUCAGUACUUAAUAACUGCAGACAGAAACAAUGAGAGGAAGUUUAUAUUCAUUUCGGAAGAUAACAAAGUUGAUUACCGAGAUCUGAAGAAAAAGGGCAACGAAGAUGCUCAUCCUAACAAUGCUUCAUCAUGGCAGGAAGUGUCUCCAAGGCAGCUUGAACCUAAGAUAAUCUCUCAUACUCUUCCUGUUGCCAGUUUUGUCACCAUCGAAGAUGACAGCUCUAGUGAACAAGAUGAUAGCAGCUGCAGCGAAUUUUCUAAAGACUCUGACUUGCCUGAGACUUGCAAGAAAUUAACUUCUCUUGUCAAAGAACUGCAAAAUAAAUUGCAAAUAAAAGAUGAACGAAUCAAGGAGCUCGAAGAAAAACUUAGCCUUCUGCAGAAUAAUUUCUGCAAUGACAAUUGAAUACUCAUAUCUUGUUAUGUUAUUUUGUAUAUAAGUUGAUUUGACACUUUUUGU